AGACAGAGAGAGCAUGCAGUUCACGCACUUCUGUCUUAUCUUACAGCUGUUGUUAUCGUCGAGUACGGAGUGCCCUGGUCUUCUUCAUAGACAAAACAACUGCUUGCAACUAAACUUUUCUGAUUGCGCCGCUGAUAUCAACCAGUUCAAGACAUGUGGAACUGCUUCGUGCAACGCCAUCUACGACCAUUUAAAACGCAACCUCAGUGCUACAGUUUCAGAGGGCCUUUAGGCGGCAGUGAGAGCAUGCAGUUCACGCACUUCUGUCUUAUCUUACAGUAUGAGGGUAGCUUGUUGAGCUGCAGCUAUAUGUGCGCUCCUGCGAAGUCCACUUCAUGCUACCAAGUUGAGAAAGAAGGAUCAUCUUGUUUGAGGUUCGACCCUCCUCCUUACGGCAGAUGCUUCGGAGGAGUAUGUUAUCCACAGUCAGAGUAUCAGAAAGUCACCAUGGGAAAGAAGCUGAAAAAAACUUUAGAUUGCGGGGCAGGCCAUGAUUAUUUAUAUAACAGUUACGGACCAUUCGGCUGCAAAUAUUACUGCGCCGAAGGUGGAACCCAUGCCAACCGUCCAGACGGAAUAAAGUGCCUGAUGCCACAGGCUUCGCGGAAGGGAAAAUGUGACGGCUAUGGAUACUGUGUAGAUAUACGAUAGGUGAUGCUCAAAAUAUCAUAUCUCGUAUCAGACAGAAAAUAAAGAAUAAACACUUAA